ACUCUCCUUCCUCGUAAAUAUAUUACACCGACUUGUUGUUGUAAAGAUUGUAUAUAUCAAAAUAUUGUAUAUUUGAAGUUGGUUAUUGUGAUUAAAUGAUAUGUUUUGGCUAGUCGUGAGGUGGUAAAGUUUGUUGGUUAGCCAUACUGAGAUAUCUAGCUGUUGGCAUUGUUCUUGCUUUUAUCGAAGAACAUUAAUUUAUAUUAUCAUAGUACUGACGGUGUUCCCUGCAUUAACUUUCUUAAAUCUCCUAAACGAGAAUAUUAAAUGUUUCGGUAAGACUGAGAGUUGUCUUGGCAGCUGGUUUUACAAAGUGAGCCGACAACUUUGCUAAUCAACUAGCCCUUCAGCUAACUAGCGGAAGAAGAAAUGUGGGCAGAGCUUGUGAGCCAUCUUGUGUGUGUGUGUAGGAAGAUGCACUAUUACAGAUAUAAAAAUGCAGAGGUCAGCUGUUGCUACAAAUACCUCAUGUUCAGCUACAACAUUAUCUUUUGGCUAGCUGGAACGGCAUUCAUUGCAAUUGGGUUCUGGGCCUGGAGUGAAAAGGGCGUUUUAUCAGAUCUGACACAAGUUACACGUCUACAUGGUUUUGACCCAGUUUGGGGGGUGCUUGUCGUGGGCACAGUCACUUUCAUUUUGGGAUUUGCUGGGUGUGUUGGAGCUCUCAGGGAAAACAUCUGCCUCCUUAAGUUUUUCUCUGGAGUCAUUGGCUUCAUCUUCUUCCUGGAGUUGACGGCUGCGGUUUUGGCGUUUGUGUUCCAGGGCCAAGUUAGGGAGUGGAUCAAUGAUUUCUUCUUGGCCAAUGUAAAGGCCUACAGGGACGACAUUGACCUGCAGAAUCUGAUUGACUCUCUCCAGAAACUGAAUUAUUGCUGUGGUGCUAAAGACCCCAACGACUGGAAUCUAAAUGUGUAUUUUAACUGCUCAAAGGAUAACCCAAGCAGAGAGAGAUGUGGAGUGCCCUUUUCCUGCUGCAUCAGCGACCCUGCUGAUACAGUGGUGAACACGCAGUGUGGAUAUGAUGUUAGAAUGACUGGGAACCCGCCUCAAUGGGGCCAAACCAUUUAUGUCAAAGGAUGCAUGAUGGCUUUAGAGGAGUGGCUUCCACGAAAUCUCUACAUUGUGGCUGGAGUCUUCAUAGUCAUAUCAUUGCUACAGAUGGUGGGAAUCUUCUUGGCAAGGACGCUGAUUGGAGACAUUGAAAAAGUCAAGUUUAAUUAUUACUGAGCUCUGACAUAACUUAAAGCGAGCUAAGGGCAAUGUAUGGAAAAAGAUGUGGAACUACUUUUAUUUUUCUGCGUCUUUUUUUGUGGAGAAGAGGACUCUGGACCACCUUUUCAGCAUUUCUAUUGACCACAUAUUGAAUA